AUGGACAAGCAUAGCAUAAAUGACAGAUACAGCACAGUGAGGUACAGUGCAGGACAGGACAGAACAGUUGAAUUACAGACUGUUAUAGCCCUGCUCUCUGUCACAGGUAUGAUAAAUUCUCUUUUGAAGGGACUCAAGGGCUCCAUCAUGUCAAAGGUCCAAACCCCCAGUGUGUCCCACCUCCUCAAGGACAACAUGGAUGAGGCCAGUGUGACUCAUUUGUAUUUAGUCAAUCAGAGCAGACAUUGCACUGUAGUUCUAUGAUAAAUUAUAUUUACAUAACACAGUACAUCACCAGGAACUAUUUUCAGCCACACUUUAUAUUAAGUGGUAAUUUGAUACCAAUUUGAUGAUAAUUACAUUGGCAGGUAUUGUGUAAAUAGAUUUACAUAAAUUGCAUUACAAUGGAAAGGAUUAGCAAGUAUAAGCCUACUAACAAUGGAGUCAUCUUAUACAAUAUUUAUGUACAGCGGAAUGAGGUUUAAACACAAGCAAUUUGAGUUACAUUUACAUUUUACAUUUUAGCAGACGCUCUUAUCCAGAGCGACUUACAGUUAGUGAGUGCAUUCAUUUCAGUUGGUAGAACAUGGCAUUUGCAACGCCAGGGUUGUGGGUUCGAUUCCCACGGGGGGCCAGUGUGAAAAAUUUAAAAAUAAAAUAAUGUAUGCACUCACUAACUGUAAGUCGCUCUGGAUAAGAGCGUCUGCUAAAUGACUAAAAUGUAAAUGUAAAUGUCAAUGUGUAGUUGCAUGAACCGCAAUCAGGUUUCACAGCAGUAUGAGGUUGCUACUAGUAUGUAAAGUGGGACCCAAUUUUAUUUUCAUGCAAUGGACACAUGAUGAUUAAUGCUUCAUCAUAUUAACCAAGUCUUUAGAUCUAGAACCAUAUGUAAUUUGAGAAACUAUAUGUAUGUAUUUUGGGUCAUUUGAAGUAUUGAAGUCUUUCAGAAGAGAAUAUCGCUGACACUAUCACUCUAUCACCCUUCCAGUUGGCCCCAGUUUUGACUAUGAUGACUUCUUCGACAGAAAGAUCUUUGAGAAGAAGAGCGACCACACCUACAGCAUCUUUAAGAAUGUGAACCGGCGUGUUGCCGAAGACUACUCUAUCACUGGGCGGGAAGGCUCCCAGGGGUCUGUCUGGUGUAGUAAUGACUACCUGGGCAUGGAUAGCCACCCCUCUGUCCUCAAGGGGAUUCAGUAAGUCAGACAGCAUGGCUCUUUCUCGAUUCAUCUUUCCUUGAUUCCUCACAUCCUCUCCUCCUUAAUUAUUAUUUUUUUAGUCAUUUUAGCAGACGCUCUUAUCCAGAGCAACUUAUAGUUAGUGAGUGCAUACAUUUUCAUACUGGCCCCCUGUGGGAAACGAACCCACAACCCUGGCGUUGCAAGCACCAUGCUCUACCAACUGAGCUACAGGGGACUCCUUCUCAAAACACACUCAAGAGAAUGUUCAGUGGGAGAAGCCUUGGACCUUUUCCACAAAUACCGUUGAGAAGGAGGUGAGGAGAUAGGAUGCGAGCAAUCCCAGAAAGACAAAUUGAGAUUGAGCCCAUGACGCAGCGUAAACAGACCAAAGGCUAAAUUCAGCCGACUCAAUUCCUUAGAUAUUCUAUUAGAUAUUCUACUUACAGUACAUGUAUGGCUCAUUAUACUACUUUAUAUUCUUACGAUACCGCCAGAAAGCUUAGUCUAGAAACCAAUCAAAAACAAAACAAUCGACUGAUAGCUGUAUUAUCAAUUUGUGUUUGAAAAUUCAAAGUUUGAACUCUAUUAGAAAGUUCAAAUUUCAAGGAAGUUAAAGAAGUUCUUUGAUGUUUUGGAGAUUAGAUUAUAAGACUAGAUGUUUGACUGUGACUCUUCUUGGAUUCUCUCAGGGAUGCCUUGAGCAGGGGCCGGCGGCACCAGGAACAUCUCUGGUACCAGUAACUUACACGUGCUGCUGGAGCAAGAGCUAGCCCAGCUCCACCAGAAAGAUGGAGCGCUGGUCUUCUCGUCCUGCUUCGUGGCCAAUGACUCCACCCUCUUUACCCUGGCCAAAAUGCUGCCGGGUAGGCCUAAACCCAGGGCCCUGACCUCCAUGCUAACGGUCAGCUAGCCUAACCCCAGAUCUGUUUGUGCAGUUUUGCAGCUCCAUAGGAUGAGACCAGGCUAGAUGAGAUAUAGCGAUGAGAUGAAUAGUGGAUACUCGUUACAUAACACUGUGUAUGCCAUUUAGCAGACAAUUGUAUCCAAAAAAAAUGUAGUUACACGUGCAUAACUUUUUUACUAAUGAUUGGUCCUGGGAAUCGAAUCCACUAAUCUGGUGUUGCAAGAGCAAUGCUCUACGAAUUUAGCUACAGAGGACCGCGUUUCAUUCCAAUCAAAACCACAGCAUUGCUUUCGAGGGUAAUGUGGUAACAAUUGGCACCAAUCUAUACUGAAUAAAAAUAUAAAUGCAACAUGCAACAAUUUCAGUUACAGUUCAUAUAAGGAAAUCAGUCAAUUGAAAUAAAUGUAUUAGGCCCUAAUCUAUGGAUUUCACAUGACUGGGCAUGGGUGGGCCUGGGAGGGCAUAGGCCCACUUACUGGGGAGCCAGGCACAGCCAAUCAGAAUGAGUUUUUCCCCACAAAAGGGCUUUAUUACAGACAGAAAUACUCCUCAGUUUCAUCAGCUGUCCGGGUGGCUGAUCUCAGACGAUCCCACAGGUGAAGAAGCCGGAUGUGGAGGUCCUGGGCUGGCGUGGUUACACGUGGUCUGCGGUUGUGAAGCCGGUUGGACACACUGCCUAGUUCUCUAAAACAACGUUGGAGGCGACUUAUGGUAGAGAAAUGAACAUACAAUUAUUAUCUGGCAACAGCUCUGGUGGACAUUCCUGCAGUCUGCAUGCCAUUUGCAUGCUCCCUCAAAACUUGAGACAUCUGCGGUAUUGUGUUGUGUGACAAAACUGCACAUUGUAGAGUGGCAUUUUUAAAAAUUGUCCCCAGCACAAGGUGCACCUGUGUAAUGAUCAUGCUGUUUAAUCAGCUUCUUGAUAUGCCACACCUGUCAGGUGGAUGGAUUCUGCGUUAUGUAAGGAACUAGACACGGACAUGAAUUAUCUGUUUAGUGUGCUAACACACUCUUGGCAGUUUGUUGUAACCAAGUAUUGGUGCUAAAUUGUGUGUUAAUGGAUGCUAGCUUGCUAGUUAGCUACGGCGUCAUAGCUAGGUAUCGUGGGUAGCUACUGUGUCUUGGCAGUGUCUUCCGCCGUGCCGGCUGUAGCACGAAGCGAGCUAAUUAGCCGUUUUUUCGAACAGAGUCAGAGUCAACACAGUAGCCAUUGUGUGCCGGGUGUAGCACGAAGCUAGCUAGCUAGCCGUUCUUCAAACAAAGCCAACACAGUGGCCAUUGCUAGCUACCCAGCACGACCAGCGAACGGUACGGUAGUAGCUAAUUACAAUAUACUUGUCCUAGCUAGCCAAUGUUGAAUCAUUGCUGCGUCAUGAAAGGAACUUGACACAGACACGAAUGAUCUGUUUAGUGUGUUAUCACACUAUUGGUGGUUUGCUGUGACCAAGUGUUUGUGCUUGGCUGUGUGUUACUGGAUGCUGGCAUGCUGGUUAGCUAGUUAACACACUAUUGGUGGUUUGUUGUGAGUAUUGGUGCUUAACUGUGUGUUAAACUGUGUGUUAUUGGAUGCUAGCAUGCUAGUCAGCUAUGGUGUCAUAGUUGGCUAGCUGAAUAAAGUGGGUUUGAGUUUAUUCCUUUAAACAUUGAACAACUGUGGUUCACAACAAUUCUGAUUUCUAAAGGUGGAAGUUGGGAGAGUUUUUGUUCGGGUGGUUCAGUGAAACAAUUUUAGUUUCUGAGGUAGAAGUUUUUGGUGAGGGAGGCCCCCCUCUCUCCUCUCCCAGAUGCUUAGCUCAUUUCAUUCCGAUCUCCUCUGCAUUUUUGUAGCCAUUUGCUACAGCCUGUCAACUAUGCCUCUGCCUAUCCCUGUUCUCUCCUCUCUGCACAGGCUACACAAACAACGCACAACACCGCGCGGCUGCUGCCUCUCCAACCUGGUGGUCCCUGCUCGCACCCCUCACCUGGAGUUCCAGGUCGCAGGCAGCCUCUGGAACUGCCGUUCUGCUGCCAACAAAGCUGACUUCAUCCCAGCCUAUGCCAACCUCCAGUCCCUCGACUUCCUGGCGCUGACGGAAACAUGGAUCACCACUGAAAACACGGCUACUCCUACUGCUCUCUCCUCGUCUGACCAUGUGUUCUCGCAUACCCCGAGAGCAUCUGGUCAGAGGGGUGGUGGUACAGGAAUCCUCAUCUCUCCCAAGUGGACAUUCUCAAUUUUUCCCCUAACCCAUCUGUCUAUCUCCUCAUUUGAAUUCCAUGCUGUCACAGUCACUAGCCCAUUUAAGCUUAAUAUCCUUGUCAUCUAUCGCCCUCCAGGUUCCCUUGGAGAGUUCAUCAACGAGCUUGAUGCCUUGAUAAGUUCCUUUCCUGAGGAUGGCUCACCCCUCACAGUUUUGGGGGAUUUCAACCUCCCUAUGUCCACGUUUGACUCAUUUCUCUCUGCCUCCUUCUUUCCACUCCUCUCCUCUUUUGACCUCACCCUCUCACCGUCCCCCACCUACUCACAAGGCAGGCAAUACGCUUGACCUCAUCUUCACUAGAUGCUGCUCCUCUACUAAUCUCACUGCAACUCCCCUCCAAGUCUCCGACCACUACUUUGUUUCCUUUUCUCUCUCGCUCUCCUCCCACACUACUCACUCUGCCCCUACACAGAUGGUAAUGCGCCGCCGCAACCUUCGCUCUCUCUCUCCCACUACUCUCUCCUCUUCCAUCCUAUCAUCUCUUCCUCUGCUCAAUCCUUCUCCCUCCAAUCUCCUGAUUCUGCCUCCUCAACCCUCCUCUCCUCCCUUUCUGCAUCCUUUGACUCUCUGUGUCCCCUAUCCUCCCGGCCGGCUCGGUCCUCCCCCCCAGCUCCGUGGCUUGAUGACUCACUGCGAGCUCACAGAACAGAGCUCCGGGCAGCGGAGAGGAAAUGGAAGAAAACUAAACUCCCUGCCGACCUGGCAUCUUUUCACUCCCUCCUCUCUACAUUUCUUCAUCUGUUUCUGCUGCUAAGGCCACCUUCUACCACUCUAAAUUCCAAGCAUCUGCCUCUAACCCUAGGAAGCUCUUUGCCACAUUUCCUCCCUCCUGAAUCCUCCCCCCCCCCCCCCCCCCCCCCCUCCUCUCUCUCUGUGGAUGACUUCGUCAACCACUUUGAAAAGAAGGUUGACGACAUCCGAUCCUCGUUUGUUAAGUCUAAUAACACUGCUGGUCCUGCUCACACUGCCCUACCCUAUGCUUUGACUUCUUUCUCCCCUCUCUCUCCAGAUAAAUCCUGCGACUUGUGACUACAGGCCGCCCAACAACCUGCCCGCUUGACCCAUCCCCUCCUCCCUUCUCCAGACCAUCUCCGGUGACCUUCUCCCCUACUCACCUCGCUGAUCAACUCAUCCUUGACCGCUGGCCAUGUCCCUUCCGUCUUCAAGAGAGCGAGAGUUGCUCCCCUCCUCAAAAAACCAACACUCGACCCCACUGAUGUCAACAACUACAGACCAGUAUCCCUUCUUUCUUUUCUUUCCAAAAACUAUUGAGCGUGCCGUCUUUAGCCAACUCUCUUGCUAUCUCUCUCAGAAUGACCUUCUUGAUCCAAACCAAUCAGGUUUCAGGACUGGUCAUUCAACUGAGACUGCUCUUCUCUGUGUCACGGAGACUCUCCGCACUGCUAAAGCUAACUCUCUCUCCUCUGCUCUUGUCCUUCUAGACCUGUCUGCUGCCUUUGAUACUGUGAACCAUCAGAUCCUCCUCUCCACCCUCUCCGAGAUGGGCAUCUCCGGCGCGGCUCACUCCUGGAUUGCGUCCUACCUGACCGGUCGCUCCUACCAAGUGGCGUGGCGGGAAGCUGUCUCCGCACCACGUGCUCUCACCACUGGUGUCCCCCAGGGAUCGGUUCUGGGCCCUCUCCUUUUCUCCCUAUACACCAAGUCACUUGGCUCUGUCAUAUCCUCACAUGGUCUCUCCUAUCAUUGCUACGCUGACGAUACACAACUAAUCUUCUCCUUUCCCCCUUCUGAUAACAGGUGGCGAAUCGCAUCUCUGCAUGUCUGGCAGACAUAUCAGUAUGGAUGACGGAUCACCACCUCAAGCUGAACCCUGGCAAGACGGAGCUGCUCUUCCUCCCGGGGAAGGACUGCCCGUUCCAUGAUCUCGCCAUCACGGUUGACAACUCCGCUGUGUCCUCCUCCCAGAGUGCGAAGAGCCUAGGCGUGACCUGGACAACACCCUGUCGUUCUCCGCCAACAUCAAGGCGGUGACCCGCUCCUGCAGGUUCAUGCUCUACAACAUUCGGAGAGUGCGACCCUGCCUUACACAGGAAGCGGCGCAGGUCCUGGUCCAGGCACUUGUCAUCUCCCGUCUGGACUACUGCAACUCGCUGUUGGCUGGGCUCCCUGCCUGUGCCAUUAAACCCCUACAACUCAUCCAGAAUGCCGCAGCCCGUCUGGUGUUCAACCUUCCCAAGUUCUCUCACGUCACCCCCCUCCUCCGCACACUCCACUGGCUUCCAGUUGAAGCUCGCAUCCGCUACAAGACCAUGGUGCUUGCCUAUGGAGCAGUGAGGGGAACGGCACCUCUGUACCUUCAGGCUCUGAUCAGUCCCUACACCCAAACGAGGACAUUGCGUUCAUCCACCUCUGGCCUGCUGGCUCCCCUUCCUCUGCGGAAGCACAGCUCCCGCUCAGCCCAGUCAAAACUGUUCGCUGCUCUGGCACCCCAAUGGUGGAACAAGCUCCCUCACGACGCCAGGACAGCGGAGUCACUCACCACCUUCCGGAGACAUUUGAAACCCCACCUCUUUAAGGAAUACCUGGGAUAGGAUAAAGUAUUCCUUCUAACCCCCCCCCCCCCCCCCAAAUUGUAAAGUGGUUAUCCCACUGGCUAUAGGGUGAACGCACCAAUUUGUGAGUCGCUCUGGCUAAGAGCGUCUGCUAAAUGACGUUAAUGUGCCCUUGAGCAAGGCACUUAACCCUAAUUGCUCCUGUAAGUCGCUCUGGUUAAGAGCGUCUGCUAAAUGACUAAAAUGUAAAAAUGUAAAAUGUAAAUUAUCUUGGCAAAGGAGAAAUGCUCACUAAGAGGGAUGUAAACAAAUUUCUGCACAAAAUUGGAGAGAAAUAAGCUUUUUGUGCAUAUGGAAAAUUUCUGGGAUCUUUUAUUUCAGCUUAUGAAACAUGGGACCAACACUUUACAUGUUACAUACAUUUUUGUUCAGUAAUAUUUUCCCAAAUAUGCUCUUUGCACUAUGUGCACACACUAUCAUUUCUGGUAGACAUAGAGUGAAAGUUCAUUCUGCCUUGUGGGCUGUCUGCUUUGACAUACAGGUUGUGAGAUCUACUCUGACAUGGGGAACCAUGCUUCAAUGAUCCAUGGCAUAAGGAACAGCGGCGCCAAGCGCUUCAUCUUCCGCCAUAACGACAGCCAACACCCGGAGGAACUACUGAGUCACUACGACCCCAAGGCGCCCAAAACUGUGGCCUUUGAGACUGUACACUCUAUGGACGGUAAGUGUCACAUACAAUAAUGAUUUAUCAUUGGAUAUAUUUUAUUCUAUAACUUUUGCUAGGGGUUUAUGGGGGUUUAACAUGAGAUAAGCAAGCAUGAUUAUUUCUUUGUUGCUAAUAUUUUACAUGUUACAUCCUCUCAUAUUCAUAUAUUAAUACGUUUGAAAAAUAUCAUUUUCCAGUUAGUGUUGAUAUUGAGCGCUACACAUUCAAUAAUUCUGUUUCUCAGUGCCUCAGUAAUGAUAUUCACCGUCUCUCAGUUAUCUACAGUGAAAGGUGUUACAUUCUAAUUCAUCUGUCGCUCUUAGGUGCUAAAUGUCCCCUGGAGGAAUGAUGUGACGUGGCCCAUCACUACGGGGCCCUGACGUUUGUUGCUGAGGUCCAUGCUGUGGGCCUUUAUGGAGCCCAAGAGGCCAGUGUGGGGGAUAGAGACAGCAUCAUGCACAAUAUUGACAUUGUCUCUGGAACUUUAGUUAAGAAAUGAAUAGGUUUGAUGAAAGCUAUGUUUUAUAGAUUUGUUGUUGUGAUGUUAUAAGUGUAUUUUAUACCAUGCUGUAUUGUAUUUAUUAUGUACUGCUGCAGCCGCUUUCUCUUGAGAUUCAUAUAGGAUAAAUAAAUAAAAUAAAUAGAUAUGUUUGCCUAAACUAGGACUCUAGCAUUCAUUCUUAGCUUUUUUGUGAUUACUACCACAAAGUGAAAUAAUAAUAUAUUUUUGUAUAUAAUUCAUAGAAUACUGUAGCUAGCACACUUACUGUACAAAUACAGUAUAAUGACACCUCAAGCAGGUUCCCUCAUAGCUUUAAAGGGCCAAUCCGCAGUUGAAACAUAACGAAGUGGUCAGCCCGCCUCUGAUUUGGUAAUAAGCUGAGGGAUGGGCCUGGAGUAAUGUUACCACUCUGAAAUUCAUAGACAGAGCUAAAGAUACAAGGACUGACCAUCCAUGAUUUCAGAAUUAUAGUUUUAACCAUGUUUUGAGACUGUACAGUUUCUGUUAACAUUUGCAAUGUUUACAAACAUUGGAGUAAAACAAGUUGAUCUUUUUGGUUCUGACGGGGUGUGACAGUUGAACUAAGCUCAUGAGGCAUUUAAAGUUAUGUUCUUCAAGAAUCAAUGGGUAUAUAUCAUUAAUUUAUAAGUCCAAAAAUGGAUGUAGCAUCUGCAGAUUUCCCCCUUAACCAUUAGUCUCUAUCGGUCUUAGCUUGGCUCCCUCACCGCAAACAUAGAUUUAAUUGAGCCAAGAGACUAUCCUUGGAAGAGGUCCCAUUUAACCAAUUAAUACUGGUCAUCAUGUACUAACUGAUACAUUUAUAUCGCUGACAUCACAGCAAUAACUUGUAUCAUGCCCUGAUGCUGGUUAACCGAAGGCACGAUAGAAGCUAGGCCUUGUCAGAGGAAGCAGGGGACAUAUGGUGUCAGCUGUGGAGAUGCUCCCACACACCCAGUCUGGCCAUACUUAUAAGAGUCCCUCUAGGAGCAGUUUCUGUGACUAGCUCAAAGAAGAAGUUGCCUUUACGCACAGAUCUAGGACCAGCUUACCUUCUCUCAAACCUAACCUUCACCAUUUGACGGUAGAACUCAAUAUUGCUUCAGAUCAGUGCUUAUAUAGGCUAAGAUGACAAGGGGGUAUUAAGAAAGUCAUAUGCCUACUUAUUUCAGAGUAAGUGGUUGUCAAUAUAGCUAGGUCACAUUGGGUCACAUUCAAACUUGAUACACUAUUUACAACUUAAGAAUACUUCAUUGCUUCCAAAAUCCAGUAAUAUUGUACACUAACUCCCAUAAGAAUAGUGUCUCAUUGGGUUACAGCUGCAGGCCUUGGUAACAACACAUCUGCCAUGCUGAUCCUCAACAUGGGGGCCCCUCAGGGGUGUGUGCUCAGUCCCAUCCUGUACUCCUUGUUCACCCAUGACUGCAUGGCCAGGCACAACUCCAACACCAUCAUUAAGUUUGCAGACAACACAACAGUGGUAGGCCUGAUCACGACAACGAUGAGACAGCCUAUAGAGAGGAGGUCAGAGACCUGGCCGUGUGGUGCCAGGAUAACAACCUCUCCCUCAAUGUGAUCAAGACAAAGGAGAUGAUUGUGGACUACAGGAAAAGAAAGAGGACUGAACACGCCCCCAUUCUCAUCGACGGGCUGUAGUGGAACAGGUUGAGAGCUUCAAGUUCCUUGGUGUCCACAUCACCAACAAACUAUCAUGUUCCAAACACACCAAGACAGUCGUGAAGAGGGCACGACAAAGCCUAUUCCCCCUCAGGAGACUGAAAAGAUUUGUGAUGGGUCAUCAGAUCCUCAAAAAGUUAUACAGCUGCACCAUUGAGAGCAUCCUGACUGGUUGCAUCACCGCGGUGUCAGAGGAAGGCCCUAAAAAUUAUCAAAGACUCCAGCCACCCUAGUCAUAGACUGUUCUCUCUGCUACCGCAUGGCAAGCGGUACCGGAGCGCCAAGUCUAGGUCCAAAAGGCUUCUUAACAGCUUCUACCCCAAGCCAUAAGACUCCUGAACAGCUAAUCAUUACUACCCAGACUAUUUGCAUUGCCCCCCCACCCCAACCCCACCCCCUCUUUUACGCUGCAGCUACUCUGUUUAUUAUCUAUACAUAGUCACUUUAACUCUACCCACAUGUACAUAUUACCUCAAUUACCUCGACUAACCGGUGCCCCCGCACAUUGACUCUGUACCGGUACCCCCUAUAUAUAGCCUCCCUACUGUUCUUUUAGUUUACUGCUGCUCUUUAAUUAUUUGCUAUUCUUUAUUUAUCUAUUUUUUACUUAACUUUUUAUUUAUUUUAUUUUAACUGCAUUGUUGGUUAAGGGCUUGUAAGUAAGCAUUUCACUCUAAGGUGAAAUGCUUACUGUUGUAUUCGGCGCAUGUGGCAAAUAAAAUGUACACAAAGUAUUCCAUUUGGUAACUAUUUAUUCUUCUUUGGUAAUAGCCUUUAGCUGCGUGGGGGGCUACAUUGCCAGUAGCGCCACCCUGGUGGACACGGUGCGUUCCUUCGCUUCAGGCUUCAUCUUCACCACCUCGCUCCGAGGGCCAGUUGCUACGCAGGGCCCACCAGAGGAACGCCAAACACAUGAGGCAGCUGCUCCUGGAGAAAGGACUGCCUAUGGUCAAAUGGCCUAGCCACAUCAUCCCUAUAAAUAUUAGAGAUACAUAAUUGAUAUUGAUGAGGAGACCGGACAGCAUUGGAUAUGUUGUGCAUAGCAUUAUGGGUACUGUAGUACAUCAUGCUCCAAUAACUACUACCAAAGAUGGUAGAUAAAUGAAGAUGUCUUACUCAGGCUGUUUACCAUUGGAGAAAAUUGUCACAGUUCCGGUCUACUUAAGGGGUGGCUCUCCCAUAGACACCAAUGCAAUAGCAGCUCGGUCUGGUCUACUUAGUUAAUUGACUGUAUAUGAACCAGAAUAAAAUGAGCCAGUGAGAUGUCUCGCUUUCUCUUCCAUCUCUGCUACUACUACAUCAUCCCUGUAAGGGUAAUACAUGUUCUAUUACAACUACAGCGUUAAGCAGUGGAUAUCCUAUCUGUGUCACUGUCACCCCAGUCAUGAGAGUUACUGUGUCAUUACUAGGGCCCUGCCUUUUUCUCAACUUCUUGUUCAGUGGGUAGUUUGUCCUCCUGCACCAAGACAUUGAUCGUUCCUUCUCAAGCCACUUGUUAAAUAUCGUUUUUGAAAUCAUCACAUCUUGAUAGCUGAGUAAAAAAACUAAUUAUCUGUUUACCACAAAUUAAGCUUCUAAGCAUGUGGAUUGUCUGUGCACCUCUCAUUUAACUGGGUCAUUUCUAUGACUUCUGUUGGAAAGCUUUUGACAAUUAGACCCUAAAGGGGAUGUUAAUUUUCUAAAGAUGAAUUAUCUGAGUGAAUUAUCUGAUGUGUUAAUUAUCUAAUGAUUAGGGGGGCUGUGGGAGUGCCUGAAAAAGCCUGCAGUGACACCUUGGUUGAAGAUGUUGUAGUAGGCCAGGCAGUGUAGAAGAAUGCAGGGCCCUAGUCAUUACUAGUGUGUGCAAGAGGUACUGUAUCAUGCCAGCUUUGUUAUUCCACAGGUAUAAGCAGUGUCGGGGGUAAGAGUACUCAAAUGGCUUUUUUUGUGAUAAGGAGUAACAUAGCGUGUUUGUUUAUCAAUUUAAGUAAUCAGUUACUUAGUUACAUUUCUUUAUUAACACUAGGAGAGCUGAGCGCGUCAUGUUGACUCAAAACAAAUUGACAUUUUUAAUUACUCUACCAGUAAAAUAAUCAAACUUAAAAUAUGCUAUUCAGUUCUUUUGAAAUACAUGUUCAUGUUUCUUAACGCCUGCAUCAAGCAUCUGUUUUUGGUAACGCAAAAGUAAACACAGAAACAAAGUAAACACAGAACACGUGGUUCUCAGUAGCUCAGCUGGUAGAGCACGGCGCUUGUAACGCCAAGGUAGUGGGUUCGAUCCCCGGGACCACCCAUACACACAAAAAAAUGUAUGCACGCAUGACUGUAAGUCACUUUGGAUAAAAAGCGUCUGCUAAAUGGCUUAUUAUUAUUAUAAAUAACGUUGUAGCCUGAGUGCCAGCCUGUUGACUGUAUGCUCUCUUGCCAACCCCUUGUGGAAUUCCAUAAGGAGAUGGAGAGAGAGCAGAAACAGACGGCCACCCAGGCUGAUCAUUCUCUACAUGACAGUGAUAUGUAAGGAUGUAUGAUAGACUCACUGUGUGUGUGUGUUGUCAUUUCUCAGGUUGGUAACGCGGAGCUCAACUCUAAGGUGUGUGACAUCUUGCUGGAGAGACACAACAUCUACGUCCAGGCCAUCAACUACCCGACCGUAGCCCAGGGUGAGGAGCUGCUGCGUCUGGCACCCUCCCCUCACCACAACCCCGAAAUGAUGGAGUACUUUGUGGGUGAGUGACCAAGCCACCUGCUGCUACUGCUCUGACAGGGUUUGCAAUAGAACUGGGCCUAUGUCCAAAAAGCAUCUCAGAGUAGGAGUGCUGAUCUAGGAUCAGCCCCCCCGUCAAAAACUAAAAGUAUUCUAUUUGGGACAAAUCAUUUACUAAACCCUAAACCUAAACUAAAUCUUGUAUUGAAUAAUGUGGAAAUUGAGCAAGUUGAGGAGACUAAAUUGCUUGGAGUAACCCUGGAUUGUAACUGUCAUGGUCAAAACAUAUUGAUACAACAGUAGCUAGGAUGGGGAGAAGUCUGUCUAUAAAGCGCUGCUCUGCAUUCUUAACAACACUAUCAACAAGGCAGGUCCUACAGGCCCUAGUUUUGUCACACCUGGACUACUGUUCAGUCGUGUGGUCAGGUUCCACAAAGAGGAAAAUUGCAAUUGGCUCAGAACAGGGCAGCACGGCUGGCCCUUGGAUGUACACAGAGAGCUAACAUUAAUAAUAUGCAUGUAAAUCUCUCCUGGCUCAAAGUGGAGGAGUGAUUGACUUCAUCACUACUUGUAUUUGUGAGAGGUAAUGACAUGUUGAAUGAACCGAGCUGUCUGUUGGAACUACUAGCACACAGCUCAUACACCCAUGCAUACCCCACAAGACAUGCAACCAGAGGUCUCUUCACAGUCCCCAAGUCAAGAACAGACUAUGGGAGGCGCACAGUACUACAUAGAGCCAUUACCACAUGGAACUCUAUUCCACAUCAAGUAACUCAUGCCAGCAGUCAAAUUAGAUGAAAAAAACCAGAUACAAAUACACCUUAUGGAACAGCGGGGACUGUGAAGCAACACAAACAUAGACACAUGCAUACAAACACACAAUAACAUACGCACUAUACACACACGUACACAUGGAUUUUGUGUUAUAGAUAUGUGGUAGUAGAGUAGAGGCCUGAGGACACACACUUAAUAUGUUGUGAAAUCUGUUAUGAAUGUAUUGUAAUGUUUUUAAAAUGUAUAACUGCCUUAAUUUUGCUGGACCCCAGGAAGAGUGCAGCUAAUGGGGAUCCAUAAUAAAUACAAAUACAAAUACAAAUAAUCUUAUUAAUUAUGAUCUAAAAGGUGGAACUGAUCAUAAAUCAGCACACAUACUCUGAAUAGUGAAUAUGGGCCCUGGUGGUGUUCAUUCCAUUAAUGGUCAUAUUGACGAAUUGGGGGUCCAGAGAAGGAAACACUUAAUCAACCACCAAUAGUAUCUAUCCUUAGUGUAUUCAUAAACAUAUGAUCCCUGAAUAACCUCAAAAUAGACUUAAAAUCAAUGUUAUGAGAAUUAUUUAACAAACUAUUUCAGUGUCUCUGUGCGUCUCCCAAAAUCAAGAAACGGUCUGCAUAGUCAGAGAUGUUUAUUCAUUGAGAAUUCUGCCAUCACAAUUUCAAAAUCCCUCUCCUCUUUAGGCGGGCUGUAGUUUUCCACUUUAAAACUGCUCUCCUGACCAUCAGUACACACACACACACACACACACACACACACACACACACACACACACACACACACACACACACUCUCUUCCAAGACUAACAAUUUCUCUCCUCCCUAAAUUCCUCAGUUAUCUUGGUUUCUCAGUUGUCUGUAGACAGUUCUCCUUGUCCUUUGUUGUCUGGUCUAACUUAAUCACAUUGCUAAAUAGUAGCUCAAUGUCAUAGUCUUUACUGGUCCUACACUCACACAUUCUAACACAUUUCACACAGUUUCAGGGUGUAAUAAUUACUCAUUAAUAAUUAUUCUAUCAGUUAAAUAGUGCAGUUAGGCCAAUUUGGUUUAUUGGAGCCAAGAUAUUGCAGCUAAUACUACUAGCUGUGUUAGCCGUGACUCACGUUUCUUUGUGUUUGACACGUUUCACUUUGAGUGACAGAGAGGCUUGUGGAGGUAUGGCAAGAGGCAGGACUCCUUCUUAACAGGCCGACGACUGUCUCCUGCACCUUCUGUGAACGCCCACUGCACUUUGACCUGAUGAGUAAGUGGGAGAAAUCUUACUUUGGCAACAUGGAGCCUCAAUACAUCACUGUCUCUGCAUAG